AUGCGAAAUUGCUUAUCUUUUUCAUUAUCCUGUCUAAUAUGGAUAUUCAAAUACGCUGAUCUCGCCAACUGGGAUAAAUCAUGGAACAAGGAUUUGAACCGAAAUGACAUAUUAACUGUUAAAUUUGGAAGAUUGUUAACUAGUGAAACAAGAGCAUCGGAUGGAGAUAAAUAUAAAUUUUUAAAAGAAAGAAUAAAUAAUUUAAAAUACGAAAGUACUGAAGCAAUUGAAAAAAAAACAGCAUGCAUUCUUUUUCAAGAACAAGAUAACGAAUCAGUAUAGGAUGAUUCUUAUCACAAUAAACUGAAUUAUUUAAUGCAACCUAAAAAACCUCAAAAACAUAAAGAUUUUAAUUUUAAGAAUAAUUUUAAAAUAAAAACUCCAAAAUAAGAACUUUCUGAUAAUAUUCAGAUCCAAAUCUUUAAAAAAUUGCACUCAAAAUAUAGAUCAUCUGUACACCAUAUGAGCUCCUGGAAUAAAUGUAAUUUUUUUAAUUAUGAAAACAAAAAGAAUUAUACUGCACAUGAUAAGCAAAAAAGUCAAAAAAAAUACACAAUUUCAUACUGCCUUACUGGGUUAGCAUUACCUUCAGUUUAUGAUUUAACUGCAAGCUUAAUUGUACUCAUAAUUCCAGUCCUAAAUCCAGUCUCUACAAGCUGGACUCUUGAGGCUCUUCGCUCUUCAUUCCCUAUGCAUUUCGCGAACGUU